GGGGGUUGUGCCAUAAAUGUCGCGUGGCGAGUCGCGGAAACUCGCCGACAGGUCGGCGCCACCGUACCGACGCUCGGUAUACUAGUCCACAUUUUUGGCGGCAGCCGCCCAGUCUAAGGUCCAAUCCCCGAACCGAACGGUCGUCCGAAAUACUUAGCAAACGAGUGGUUUAGCAGUUCAGUAGAGCGGCAAAAUGGACGCGCGCUUUAGAAGCAAUCUCGACAUGAUUGGGCGCAACGAGCCUAUCACAAGGAAAGCCAGAUUCUGGCAAAGUUAUGUUCGAGCCUUAAAAGGCACCGAUGAUAUCAGAGCCCCUGAGCACACGCACAGACCCCGCAGUAUUUUCCGCUCAGAUUACCCUGAGCUGCAUUCCACCUCGUGGCCAUUUGGAAAAUCUAUCUUUGAAAAUCCCAUCCACGCAGCUGAUCGCAUCAAUGUUCCUGGAUACAGGUACCUGCCUGUUCACCGUGAGAUCUAUGGUUACUCACCGAGGCAGAUCUACCCGCAUCAAUACAAACCUGUAGAACGCUUCAUCCCUGCGAAACCAUUCGACCCUGAGCAAGCUUGGGCUGAUCAUCUGAAUCGCUUGGCAGACAUUGACAAGCUGUAUCCAAGCAAAUCGCCUUUGCUGGCUCGGCAUAUUAGCCCUCCUCUCAGUACGAAACGAUUGUUCGAUAUCCACGGUAACUUGGUAACCGAUUACGAUUAUUUACCAUCGUUCCCUUCGUUGUUACGCAAGAAACCAUUAUUCGACCUCCUUGAGCCAUCAGUAAUGGCACCGAUCAGCGCUUUCACUAGAGACCCAUGGUGGUAUCCUAGUUAUGCUCCUUAUAUUCCAAGUUAUGCUGCGAAAUCCACUCCGUUUUAUCUGAGAGAUAGUUACCUAAGUCCUGUUAAACGUAGCUAUCUAUGGAGCCGACAUCCCAUCAGGCCUUUCGCUCAUGCCUAUUGAUGACUGAUCGUCGCCCCGAAUGGAACGCGUGAUACGAAAAUAAGCGAUGAAAAAAAUCAAAUAAAAUUACGAAAAAAGAUAACAAAAAAAAGAUGUGAAAAAGUAUUUACAUCGUAUCCUAAACAACUAUUCGAUAUCUAUUGCCUGAUUAUUUUUUUUCUCACAGUACGUAUCAUCGUUCACGAAGUUCUAUUUAUUAACGUUUCUCAUCACCAUGGUUUAUUGUACUAUUCGUUCGUGCUGUCUACGAAUAAAAUAAACACUGCCCAAAUUUUACUACAAA